AUGAACUUUUUAGAACCCCUUCAAGAUUACCAGUUUUACCGGUAUAUAUCUCAGAAGCUGGAUCCUGACUCACAGGUUUUUUCUUCAUCAAGUCUGUCGGCAUCCCUAGUUGUUUCAUCGGCUGUCGCUUCUUCCGUUCUCGAAUCUGUGGCUGAAGCCGUAGCUUCCGUCGCUAGUCCUACGCUUAAUGUUGACGAUCCAACCGUUCCAACUGCUCCAGCGCAGAUGGAGCUUCAAUCACCAACUCCAUCUCCUUCACCAUCUCCAUCAGCUACUUUAGAUAUCAACAAUAACUUUUCUGAUGCCACCGAGGCUGCGCAUUUUAUGCAAGACACCCAGUCUAAUACUUUAAAAUCAGCUGAGUCAAUUUCUUCUUCACCAUCAGCAAUUAAAAACAAUACCCCCACUACUUCCCGUACUGUCAUAAUAUCCAAGGGAAAGAAAAACUCUACCGCCACCAAUCAAUCUGGCUUUGUUCUUAAACGUGUCUUUUUUUCCUUAAAACAAGCCAUCACUAACCAGGCUCAUGAUACCGAUGUUGGCAAUGGCCGACUUGGGGCCCUUAUGCUUUAUCUUAUUUCUCCUUUCUCCAUUCUUUGCAUCGUUAUGGCACUUAUCCUCAACCGCACCAUUGCCUUUGCAACAACCCGCCGCCCAGUUGUCUUGUCUUUAGCAUCUCGUCUUAUGCUCCGAUCUCUUGCCGUUUACCUUUUAUUUUGCCGCAUUUAUUCUUUGAUCCAGGCUAUGACAUGUCCAAAAACUGGAUCUACCUCACCAACUUAUGUCAAACUUAAAACCUAUAUUCCAUCUUAUUUCGCAUUAAAGCCUGGUCAAGAUUGCCCAUCCCCAUCUAUUCUUUGGAAUCUUUAUGGUAGUAUUUGUGCUGGUCACUUCAUUGAAACCUUUUCCAAUGCUAUCCAGGGCCUGCCUCCAUACUCGGAAUCCGGAAUGACCCUCUUUGAAUAUUCCAUGGCUUUUCAGGAGGUUCAAUCUUCUCAUUAUAUGUCAAUGGAAACUCUGGUUCUUUCUCUCAUUUUAUCCUUGUCCUUAAUCACUUCACACAUUUUUGGUGCAUUCAACCUCCAAGAUUAUCGUCUGAUUCCUUCUACUUUUUUCGGUCUGUUGUUUCUUUCUUAUUUUGGAUAUUCCAUCGUUAUUGGGCGCCUCUUUUAUUUUCCAACUGUUUGCAUUAUUGGUUACUUGCCACAGCUUGUUUUGUGUACCAUCAUUGCAAUCUGUGGUGCAAUUUACGGCCUCGCUUCAUUUUUUUCAGGAGGUCAGCGCAAUCUACGAACAUCCUUCAGAACAGUACCAAUCUCACUAAGCGAAGACUUUUACACUUGCUUGGUUAAAGUUGGUGUAAUUGCUCUUACGACCGCUACUAAAGCUACCUACCUUAAUGAAAGUGUCACACUUACACAUCCUCUCAUGACUUGGGUUGACAAAAAAGCCCUAGAAGAUUCUGGGAAAAAAUCAAAUGUUGAUGAAUGGCCUUUUGGAGAUAAAAAUGGUGAUAUUUUGUGUCCACCAUUGGUAACUGUUGCUCCAGAUGGUAAGACUGUUGUUGAUCGACCAGAUGCAAAAGCUGAAAUUUUGAAACUCCGCAAGGCUGGUAAAUUGAGAUCUUUAAAGUCCCCUUAUGACAAUGAAGUUCCUAUUCCUGCAAACGUCGAAACUCCUCCUAAUGACUUCAAAGCUGAGAUCGAUUUAGAUGAUUCAUCAGACCAACAGGAUGAAAAUGAAUACCAUAAUACGAGUGCAGAAUAUGCAUUUGAAGCAGAUAAGGGAAGAGAUCGUUUCCGUACAACCUACCGCAUUUUAAUUGUUUUUGGAAUGCUUCGUGGAGUAACUAUUAUCUUGUCUUCUUUGGUUAUUAGAUUUGCCAUGAGAUACCUGGGCCUUAAGUAUCUUUUUAAGUUUGUUUUUGGUCGUGAUUAUAAUGAAGAUAACAACAGAGAAGAAACUCAAAGAAUGCUAAACAUCUUAAAAAAUCAAAACAAAGAAUUGUUUAGAAAAGUUAGCGAUAACAACAGCUACUCUGAAGAUGGAAAUGAGAGCGAUGAUGAAAUGACAGCUUAUUUGAAAAAGGGAUUUAAGCUUUAUGAAAAACUUAAAAGUGAUUACCUCUAUCAGAAUCUCGACGAAGAGGCUGUAGAUGAUGAUGACGACUAUGAGGACAUUGAUGAAUAUGGCAACAUUAUCGAAAAACAAAAUACCUCUAAAUCAAAGGUCCGCAAAACUUUAAAAUCUGAAAAGCCAGGCAAGGCAUAUAUGAAUUUACUUUGGGGCUAUCUUUUACCCGAAUGUGAUGAUUCAGAAGAUUAUGUUCCUGAUGAAAAUUUUGACAAUCUUGAAAACGAUGAUGGUUAUUCAACUGAUGAGUAUGGAUACGAAUAUGAGAGUGACUAUGACGGCCAACACCAAGAGUCUCGUCAACGUGUACGUCAAUUACGUCGACGUAAUGUUAAAAACUAUGUUGACCAAGUAUCACAACAACGUCUAUCUGCUUUCAGUGACCCAGAUGCUACAACCAAGACAGAAGUUGUGAUAUCUGACGAUUCUCGCUCCACACUCAGCGAACUAUACGACCUUUUGAUUCCUACACAAGAGGAUCUUUUGGCGCUAUUAGCACCCCAAAACUCUGAACAGAUUGAAAGACGACGCAUGCUUAUUUCACAUUUGCAAGGAGCCGCAUCUUUAGUUUCUGGUGCAGAAGCACCUCGUGUGGAUAUUUCAUCUAUCACUAGAGGUCUUUUACGCUCAAGUAUUUUGGCAUCCAAUGGUGCCAAUUCGUCUCAAUCUUCUGCAGCAUCUUCUUCAUGUGCAUCACCUACCCCUACUGAUGUUGGGCAUGAAGGCUGCUCAGAACGUCAUCUCAUUGUGACAAGGUCACGUUAUGCGGAAAUCGAAUGGGACGAUAUGCAAACCCUUUUGCAAACCAUUAACGAGCGUCGGAAAAAAUACGUGGCUGAUGAUGAGGUCCGUGAGACUCUUUGCGUGGUGUGCCAGGGCGCUUCGCGAGAAAUUAUCUUAUGGCCAUGCAAAUGCUUUGCUCUCUGUGAAGACUGCCGCUUGACCCUGGCAAUGAAAAGUUUCAAGAGCUGCGUCUGCUGUCGCCGCAAAGUCAAAUCUUUUUCAAAAAUCUUUGUUCCUUAA